AUGAAGCUACUGACCACUGUAGCACCGGCGUGGGCGAACAACCUGCCCUUCUCGUACGCGCUCGAGUCCAGCCGGUUUCCCGGUGCUGGCAAAAGCGAGGCCGGCAUGUACCUGAGCUAUAUCAAUCGCGAGUACAACGCCUUGCCGGAAUACAGCGUCUUCCUCCACGGCCACAAGAGCCGUGAUGGCGCUGGCUGGCACAGCCUUCCUCCAGCGGUGGAGCUAGCGACUAUUCGCCAAGCAAUGCUAGAGGGGGAUCUGGACUACGCCUCUCUCAAUAAGGCCUUGGUGUACGGCCACCUCCCGAUGGACCUCGGCGCUUUGCGCAUCUUUCACGCGCUGAGCGGCCUGUCGAAGGCCUUGCCGCCACUGCCGCCCCGCCGCGAGUGCUUCCUGUUCAUGUGCUGUGCCCAGUUUGUCGCGUCGCGGAGGGCGAUCCGCGCGCACCCGCGGUCGCUUUACCACGCUCUGGCGGAGAUUGAGGCCCGGACGGCGCCUCUAGCUCUCUCCUCCGUGGGGUUCACGACGCUCGAGGGCACCACCAUAGACGGGGCGAAGGCGGUGGGAGUGCUGCUAGAGUACACCUGGCACGCCAUCUUUGGGCGGCCGUGGCUAGAUGGGCAGCCCGUCGCAGGCGCCCGCGGAGCACUCUCUGCGCACAACCACACGCUCGCGUUCCCUAGCGAGUGCGGGCGGUACAUGCACCUCAACGCCUCUCUCGCCGACACGCCCCUCGCGCGCCCCGGCGACCCGGACGCGCCCCUCGGCGUGGGGCUGCCUGGACACUGGCGCAUGUUCAAGAACAGACUCUUUCGCAGGGACUGA